AUCCACUGUCUAGCCUUUCUCGUGCUCCAUCCCGUCCUCCCAUGUGAUGAUGUAUGGGUAAAAGGGUCUGAAAUGAAAUCUUAGCGGUUGGGAGAAGAAAAUUACGCCUCUUUCGUCGUCUUCUCAUCUGACUUCUGAUAUUUAUCGUCUCCUCUCGCCGUUACACUCCUCCAUCAAUCAUCUUUCCCACUUUUUUCUUUAUUGUCACUUUUCUCUUCAAUAUCUUGGGAUUCUUGCGUUUGCACGGAGCAUAUUCCUCCACACCCAUCGCUCCCUUUCUUUCUAAUUACCCUUUUUGGACCUUUUCUCUAAAUAUCUUUUCCCUUUGCUUUCUCUCUUCCAUCCUAUUAAGCUCUCAAUUUCAUUAAAAAAAAAAAAAAAAAAAAAAAGCUUCAGUCUUGAUGAUCAUAGAUGCUUGAAGAGAUUCUCAAUCAAAUUCGGUUGUAAAAGCACUCAUAAUUCAUAAACAUGGACGCUACUGCAAAGACCAAUGGUGCAACUAAAUUUGAUGCCUUAGCCAAGGUGCCGCCCAUAGCUCAUCCACUGGCAGAAGAGCCCUCAGAGAUUGCAUCCAAUAUCAGUUACCAUGUUCAGUACAGUCCUCAUUUUUCCCUUUUCAAGUUUGAUCCGGAGCAAGCAUACUAUGCAACUGCUGAUAGUGUUCGUGACCGCUUGAUCAAACAAUGGAAUGAUACGUAUCUCCAAUAUCACAAAGUCAACCCAAAGCAAACCUACUACUUGUCCAUGGAGUAUCUCCAAGGAAGAGCUUUGACAAAUGCAAUUGGAAACCUAUGCAUUCAAGGUGCAUAUGCCGAUGCUUUAAAGAAGCUUGGCCAUGACCUUGAGGAGAUUGUUGAGCAGGAGAAGGAUGCAGCACUAGGAAAUGGUGGCUUGGGAAGGCUUGCUUCUUGCUUUCUUGAUUCCAUGGCAACUUUAAACUUGCCUGCCUGGGGUUAUGGAUUAAGGUACAAACACGGACUGUUCAAGCAACGUAUCACCAAAGCAGGACAAGAGGAGAUUGCUGAAGAUUGGCUGGAGAAAUUCAGUCCCUGGGAAGUUGCAAGGCAUGACAUUGUCUUCCCCAUCAGAUUUUUUGGUCACGUUGAGGUUGAUCCUAGUGGCUCCCGAAAAUGGGUUGGUGGUGAGGUCAUACAGGCUGUUGCAUAUGAUGUUCCUAUUCCUGGGUAUAAAACAAAGAAUACUAUUAGUCUUCGACUAUGGGAAGCCAAAGCCAGUGCAGAGGACUUAAACUUAUCUCAAUUUAAUGAUGGGCAGUAUGAAUCUGCUACACUGCUUCAUUCUCGGGCUCAUCAGAUUUGUGCUGUCCUUUACCCUGGGGAUGCAACGGAAAGUGGAAAACUUUUACGACUUAAACAACAAUUUUUGCUGUGUAGUGCAUCUCUUCAGGACAUCAUAUUCAGAUUUAAGGAGAGGAAUGAUGGGAAGGGCACUCUUGAUUGGUCCGCAUUUCCCACAAAAGUUGCAGUACAACUGAAUGACACACAUCCGACACUCUCAAUUCCAGAGCUGAUGCGGUUAUUGAUGGAUAAUGAAGGACUUGGAUGGGAUGAAGCAUGGGAUAUAACCACUAGGACAAUCGCUUAUACAAAUCAUACUGUCCUACCUGAAGCACUAGAAAAAUGGUCACAAGCAGUCAUGUGGAAACUUCUUCCACGGCAUAUGGAAAUCAUUGAGGAAAUCGAUAAGCGGUUUAUUGCGAUGAUAAAAUCAAAAAUACCUAAUCUUGAGAGUAAGCUCUCUGCCAUGUGCAUUUUGGAUCACAAUCCCCAGAAGCCUGUUGUGCGUAUGGCUAAUUUAUGUGUCAUCUCUUCACAUACGGUGAAUGGUGUUGCCCAGCUACACAGUGAUAUCUUGAAGGAUGAAUUAUUCAUCGACUAUGUCUCUAUCUGGCCCACCAAAUUCCAGAACAAAACCAACGGCAUAACACCACGGCGAUGGCUUAAGUUUUGCAAUCCCGAGCUCAGUGAUAUAAUCACCAAGUGGUUAAAAACUGAUGAAUGGGUGACUAAUCUUGAUUUACUUGCUAAUCUGCGGCAGUUUGCUGACAAUGAAGAACUCCAUGCUCAAUGGGAGUCUGCCAAGAUGGCAAGCAAGCGGCGAUUGGCACAGUACAUACUGCGAGUAGCCGGUGUGCGUGUUGACCCGAAUACACUAUUUGACAUACAAGUCAAGCGCAUCCAUGAAUACAAAAGGCAGCUGCUAAAUGUAUUGGGUGUAGUCUACCGGUACAAGAAACUGAAGGAGAUGAAACCCGAAGAGCGUAAGAAUACAACAGCGCGCACUGUCAUGCUCGGGGGAAAAGCAUUUGCGACCUAUACAAAUGCAAAAAGGAUCAUCAAGCUUGUGACGGAUGUUGGGGAUGUUGUCAACAGUGAUCCUGAGGUCAAUAGCUAUUUGAAGGUAGUCUUUGUACCCAAUUACAACGUAUCUGUGGCAGAAAUACUUAUUCCAGGAAGUGAGCUUUCACAGCAUAUCAGCACGGCUGGCAUGGAGGCAAGUGGCACUAGCAAUAUGAAAUUUGCACUCAACGGAUGCCUAAUUAUAGGAACACUGGAUGGGGCUAAUGUGGAAAUCAGAGAGGAAAUCGGGGAACAGAACUUUUUCCUUUUUGGUGCAAAAGCUGAUGAAGUCCCUCGUCUGCGCAAAGAAAGAGAGAACGGUCAGUUUAAACCUGAUCCUCGGUUUGAAGAAGCCAAGCAAUUCAUCAGAUCGGGAGCCUUUGGGAGCUAUGAUUAUAAUCCACUGCUCGACUCACUCGAAGGAGACUCAGGCUAUGGCCGCGGUGACUACUUCCUUGUUGGUCAUGACUUCCCAAGCUACAUUGACGCCCAGGCAAAGGUUGAUGAAGCUUACAAGGACAGGAAAAGAUGGAUAAAGAUGUCCAUACUAAGCACUGCUGGAAGUGGAAAGUUUAGCAGUGACCGAACGAUAUCUCAGUAUGCAAAGGAAAUAUGGAAUAUUGAGGCGUGCUCUGUGGCAUGAUCAUGGCGGCCAAACCUCCCAAUUCUCUCCAUGCAUAGAUACAUUUCAGCUGCCUACAAAGAGCAAACAAAAAUGGCAGCAAUGGCUCUUCUCUUCUGUGUUUCUGCAGUUCUUUAUUUCUCUGAAUUAUCGGAAUAUGCUUAGUAUACUGCCCUGUAUUGUAUAGCGGAAAAAAGUACCAUACUUUCCUUGAAGUGGCAUCAUUAUUACCAUUCGCAUUUUUUUUUUUUUUUGAUACAUUAGGUUUCUGAG